CACAGACUGCUCACACACCGGGCAGCAAGCAUGGCACUGCCUAAGAAGAGAAGGCACGACAGGACUGAGCAGGACAGUGAGUACUUCCAGUGUUACUCAGACAUCACUGUCCAUGAGGAGAUGCUCUCGGACACCGUGCGCACACAUGCCUAUAGGCUGGCGAUUUCCCGCAAUCAUAAUGCCUUACUUGGCAAAACUGUGCUGGAUGUGGGUGCUGGUACUGGCAUCCUGAGUAUUUUCUGUGCCCAGGCUGGAGCCAGUAAAGUGUAUGCAGUGGAAGCCAGCGCCGUGUCCCAGCUGGCAUCCCAGGUGGUAAAGGAGAACAAGCUGGAUGGGCAAGUGGAAGUGAUCCAGAGUGCAGUGGAGGAGGCGGAGGUACCUGGGCAGGUGGAUGCCAUCGUCAGCGAAUGGAUGGGCUACGGUCUCAUGUACGAGUCCAUGCUGAGCUCCGUUCUGUAUGCCCGGGAUAGGUGGCUGAAGCCUGGGGGGCUCAUUUUUCCUUCCUGCGCUAAUAUGUUCAUAGCCCCGGUCAAUGACGCCACCGUGGAGAGCCGCUUGGACUUCUGGAGCGAAGUGAAAGACAUGUAUGGCGUUGGCAUGACUUGCGUACAGUCUUUUGCCAGGAAAUGUAUCAUGGGUAAAGAUAUGGCUGUCUGCUCGGUGUACCCUGAGCAUGUGCUCUCUCACCCUGUCAAGUUUGCCACCUUAGAUCUCAGCAGUGCCACCUUGGAGGACAUUGGAAACAUUACUGGUUCCUUCCAGUUCUGCUGUUUCGGCUCCUCUUUAAUGCAUGGAUUUGCCAUCUGGUUUUCAGUCUUAUUUCCAGGAGAAAAUGGUAUCGUUCUGUCUACGUCGCCAUAUGGCGAAGAAACGCAUUGGAAGCAAACGAUCCUAUACCUUGACGAAGAGCUUCAAGUAGAACAGGACACAAAUGUCAGGGGGGACAUCAAGAUGUCACCUUCACAGAGCAACUCCAGGCACCUAAGUGUUACCCUCAGCUACUCCAUUGGAGACGGAAUCUGCAGGACUAAGAUUUUCCAGAUGGGGAACUGAUGCAGGAGAUAUUUACAUUUCGUUUUAUCAUUCUUGUAAAGUAAAGCAUAUUAAAUAUG